AUGUAUGAGAACGAACCUAUGCUUGAGGAGAAGCAGAAGUUGGAGGAUGUCAGGCAGAGGAAGACAUCAUUAUCUAUCCGAUCCACUUUGCGUUUGCCACUGCGUUUCACUUUGAGGGAGAAACCGUCCGUGCUCAGCGACAUGGUGGACAAGACGUUUGCUGGUCGCAUCAAAAAGGGAGCCAAGUAUUGCUAUGCAUCUUAUCCAGGCAAGUUCAAGUAUGGGUUCGAGGCGCUCACCAGUGAUUUCGGCGAGUUCAGUGACCAGAGCGUGGCGUGCGUUUACUUUUGCACGAAAGAGGAUGGGUUGGGCUGUCACCACCCUGACCCAGAAGAUAGCAAAGGACGUUGCUACUGCAGAAGAAUCUACGGCGAGGGAAAUGAUUGGAACAGAGAUUACGAGACGUUUGGGUACCUGCACUGGGUGGGGGAACCUUAUGAUAAGGAGAAAGUGGAGAAGGCACUGAAGGUGGCAGAUGCCAUGAAUGCCGUCCUUGUUCGCAAGGAUGCUAGCGAGGUGGAGAUAGCCGGAGCGAGGAAAGAGGCCAAGAAGCGUUGGGAAGCAAGUGGUCGUGUCCCAGCCUGGGGUUGCUUCUGGUUUCAUGUGUGGUUCGGACACAUGGACAAAGCAGUGCAACAAGGCCAGCGACUCCGAGUGGUCUAUUAUCCAGGGAUGGUCGGGCAGGGUGAGGUGACCCUGAAGGACUUACAGGAUCCAAAUGUGCCUCUUUGGGAUCCGGACCCCCGAAAGAGAGGACUGGGCGGUUCUCAGAAGGCCGAAGUGGCCAUGAUCAAUGCCAUGAAGGAGCGACAUGGUGAUCCUUGGGAUUACGAGAAGCUGGAUGUUUCUGACUUCCUCAAGGAUUCCUUUGCUCCCGGGCAGGCAGUUGCAGCGUGGGAUCAGCAUGAAUGGAAAAGAGGAGUCAUCCAGAGAGUUCACAAAGAUGAUGGCUUGCAAUGGGACGUGCGGUGCAAGGAGACCGGGCAAGUCUUCAGAACAGACCGUGUUCGACAUGAGACUGCCGCAAUGCAGGAGUUUGCCGACAAGUUGGGCAAGAAAGACUUCCUUGAGGCUUUGAUUGCUAGUCUUCCAGAUGGCCAGGAAGUGCUCACAACAGUUCCUCGGCAGGAGAUGCUCCAGAAUGACAUUCCGGCAAUGACAUUUGACAUUCAAAGCAGCGAUGUGGAGGCCUUGAAGAAAUUGUGCGAUGCAGUGCUCUCUGGUGCUUUGGAGAAGAAGGUCACCAACACAGAUGCCUUUGGAUUGAGGAAUAUGAAAGUGCAGAUCGAGAAGACUGAGUUCGUGAAAGCUUACAAGGAAGUUCUGAUGAGUUCCACGAAGCUGACGCCACAUCAAGAGGAGAAGGUGAGAGAGCUAGAUGGACCCGGCGACUUUCACCUGUCAGCAGCAGCUGGGUCAGGCAAGACGUUUGUCGCCAUUCGGAAGGUUUUGCAGACCUUGAGUGCAAAUGAGGAAGGUUUAGUCUUCUUCGCAGCUCCUUCGAAGUCUUUGUGCUUGCAUUUCCUGCGGUGGCUCCUGGCAAUGCAUGGUAGUGACGAAGCAGAACAGCUCGGGCAGGAAGAUGUGGUGAAAUUGUUUGGUCGCCUUAGGCUCAUGCAUUCGCCCUACACCAGCAUCAUGACCGCUAGCCUCAAAGGCACUCGCAUAGAACUUGCAAAAGAUGAAGGCUCCACCGCCAUCCAGUUUGUGCUUUCAGUUGUAGACGAGGCUCACGACAUCUUCCGCCCAGAUGUUGAACAAGGUGUGCUCAGAGAGAUUCUUGUGAACAGCUCCAAGCAGAGGAUCCUCCUUUCAGACGAGUCCCAGUCGGCGGCCAUGGAGCAGAACUAUCCUGAAGAAAUCCAAUUUCUGCGAGCAUACCUGAGCCAGGUGGUGCGCAGUACGGAGCGAGUCGUUCUCGGGGCAAAAUCCUUUCAGUUGCUUUCCGAGCAGUUAUCCAAUGAUGCAAGUUCCUUGAGCUGCACAGGUCCGCCUUUGAAGACCUUCUUCUUUGAGCCAAAAGAAGAUAUGUUUUCGCCACCAUUCCAAGACUAUUGUCAUCACACCCUUUCUGCUCUUUUGCACGUGAUCUCAUCAUAUCCGCGCCUGAGCCUUCACCACUGCGUGGCCAUCCUUGUGCCGAAUACUGAUUUUCUCACUAAAUUCAAGCCCCUUUUGGAGAAUGUGCUCCGAGAUAAGAUCACGUACAAGGAUUUGCGCCUCAUUGACUUUGAGGAGUCGUUGUCUCAUGUGAUGUCGUCGGGUACUGUGGAGAACUCCAAGGAGGAGUGCAUCGUUCUGGAUUCCGUGAGUAAUGCCAAGGGGCUCGAAGAAAUCAUUGUUAUUUCGGUUGGAAUGGAUGCGAGGAUUGGUGUUCAAGGUGGCACUUGUGAUCUACACACCCGAUCUUCCCUUUAUCAGACGAUCACCCGGGCGCAGCUCAUGGCGAUCAUUGUAAAUGAGUUUUUGCUAGGAGGGUGGCUGGAACACUUGAUUCAUUGCCGCUUGUCUACAGGCUCCAACAGGGAGAAAUUCAAAUUCCUCGAAUGCGCUGGCGAUGCGACCAAGGUCGUGAAGGAGAUUCAGGAAAUGAAGUCUCAAGAAAACCAUGAGAAGCAGAAAAGACCAUUGCAAAGCGCAGCUGCUGGAAAGUCAGAGAAGACUAGCGAAGCAGCAGCAGUGGAAGAAGCUUCAGCCUGGGAUGUGUCCUUGCAUUUUUCCUAUGUGUGGGAUGAUCCUGUGUGCAACGGCAUCAGGGAACCCAGCAAAGAGCCAACAUUUGAUCCUUUGACAAAGUCUGGGGCAGAAGCGUUUGAGAUGCUGCAGUCAGUGCUCACCUCAGAGGAACUCCCAUCUAGCUGUCCACACCCCAAGAACGAUGGUUUUCUUUGGCAUGAGGCGGACCAGAAUGGCCCGAUAACUUGGUUGUGUCUUCACAACGGCACCUGUUUGAGGAGGAGAAAAUGUUAUCCCAAUGAUGACGAUGACCGGUGGCUGCAUGAUGACGGGCAAAAAACUAAACCAUUGACACAGUGGACUUGGUGGAUUGAAGAGGGGGAGUUUGAGCUGGUGACCACAACAUUUGAGGCGAAACUCUAUCGACGAGCACAGGCAAAGAGGGAACAAUUCCCCGACACUGAUGAAGUCGCAGUUACUCCGUGGACGUUGCGAGGCCAGCUGCGCAGUGGAAGGGAUCUAUCGAUUGCUGCUCGACAGACCCAGGACCCGGACCUGGAUCCUGAAUUGGAAGGCCUGGGCAUGUUCCAGGAUUUGUCAGAGGAGACGUUGAAGGAUUUGGGCAUGAACCCCGAGAAUUUGUGGUUUUGGCUGGCCGACUUCUGA